AUUUUGUUGACACUUGACAUUUUGAGAGAUUGCGUUUCGCGAUUACAAAUUACAAUUUUACGUAUUUAUCAUUAUUUUAAAUUUUUGUACCCAUAUCGAUUUCGUGCAAGCGAUAAAGCCUACCGGCUAGAUUCCCAGGACUAAACAAUGUCUCUAAAUACCGCUCAUGCAGAUCACGGUGUGCUAAUCCACGCUGGUGAAUGCAUAAUUUUAUUCUCUGAUAAUGUGGUUGUGGAGUUCUAUGGAAAUGAUACACAAGAGUUCAAAGGCACAAAGAAUGGACGAAUGUAUCUUACCACCCAUCGUAUGAUAUAUAACUCAAAGAACAAUGCUGAUCCGCUAAGAUCUUUUAGCUUUCCCUUCAUAGCUUUACAAGAUGUGACAGUGGAACAGCCUAUGUUUGCAGCAAAUUAUAUUAAAGGCAAAGUGCGUGCUCAGCCAAAUGGAAACUUCAUUGGUGAAGUGAAAUUCAAGCUGACAUUCAAAUCUGGCGGAGCUAUAGAAUUUGGUCAGGCUAUGCUUAAAGCAGCACAUCUUGCCUCUCGCCACAUGUCGGCCGACGCGCCGCCGCCGCCCUACACGCCGCCGUCGGGGCCGUGGUACGCCGCGCCUCCGCCCGCUUAUGCACCUCCACCGCAAGGAUAUUAUGGAUGGGUGCCUCCAUACAAUGCAUUUCCCGAUCAACCCUCUCCAAACUCUGUCUUCAUAUCGAACAGCCCCCCUCCUUAUCCUGGUGUAAUGGGCGUUACUUAUCCCCCUGGAGGCAGCUUCUCGGGAGCAGGGCCGAGUCCCACAGGUGCGCAGGCUGGCGGUUACCCGGGCUACCCGGGCGCCCAGGCCAACGGGCCAAUGCCGCCGCCGGGGUACCCAGGCAACGGUCAUUUGCCGCCUCCCGGAUACCCUGGCGGCUUCGCGCCAGGAGCACCCGCUAUGUCGCCUAAUGAUGCUAAAGCAGAGGAAGCCGCUCGAAGCGCGUACUACGAUCCCAAUAAGCCGCAGACAGCUUAUGUCCCACCACCAUAUGAUCAACCACCAACCUAUCAGGAAUCUACGUCGAAGAAAGAAAACUAAUGCAUUGUCCACACUAUCACAUGAGCACCGCUUCACAUGAUACACCUUCACACUACUUUGAUUAGAGAACUAAAGUGAGUUUACAAUUUUUUUUUAUUGUAAUUGUAAACAAACAUGAACUGCAGUAAGAAAAUGUGACUUAUGUUCUUAUUUUAGAUAAAUAUUUUACAUCAAUAAAUUUUUAGCAUUUUACAGAUUUUUUGUGUAUAAAAAAUUGAGCAUCACAAUAUUCACAUUUCACAACUAUCCAUACUGGGAAUGCUGAACAAAACUAAAUAUAAAAUUAUAAUAAUUUCUGUCCGUACCGAAACUCGGUUUUAUGUUAUGUGUUAAUAUAUUAGAAUAUAAUAGUCAGAGUUGAUUUAGGUGGCUACAUUUAGCUAAAACUAGAUACCCAGACUGAUGCAUUGCGAUAUAAUCGUUGUUAUUGAUGCAGUUCAUGCUACAUUUGCUAAAAAUGUAAAUUAUAGCCAAUACCUUCAACUAAUCACUAUAGAUGGAUUGCACCAAGAUUUUUUAUUGGCGCUACAGUUUUAAUUUAUUUUUUAAGGUGCUCAUUAUGGUAUGUAUUUACAAUAUUUAGGACCAAAACAAUGGGAGUGCUUAAAAUCACCAAUGGUUCUAUAAUUAAAGUAAUGGUUCUAAAUUAAAAUAUUGCAGUUCAUGUUAGUAUAAAGACUAUAAUAUAUUGUAUUGGUUUUUAGCAUUCCAUUAAAGAUUACAUAGCGCCAUUUAUAAUGCUAGAGCCUUGUAACUGUAAAGUUUAUCAGUAUUAAAUUAAAUUGCUUUGAAUUGUUGUUGAAUUUAAAUGAUUAUGUAUAUAGAAAGUAUAAUUAUUGUUAUAAAAUCUUAAGCUAUGUAUACACUUGUCGAGCCGUCAUGAGCAAAGGCUUUCUAAGAUUCUGUGACGGUAUUUGUCGUCCUUUUUUAACGACCGAAUCUUUUUUUUUUAAUCUGGACAGCGGCUUACUCAUAAAAUCGUUUGCGAGUUAUUAUUAAUUACCUGCUAUGAUAACAGCUGAUAUGAUUAAUUAUUAUAAUAUUAUU